AUGAUUCGUGCAGCCGCGACCCGCGCCUCAGCCUCGGUAUCACAGCCUUCAUCACUCGCACGGCGUAGAUCGCCCCAGCCACUCCCUUCUACAUCCCGCCUCCCGUCGCCCCUGCGAUCGCGGAUACGCAGAUUCCAAACCACAUCCUACCGCUCGGACUACCACUUUGACACGCACCAUUUUGUGCAGCGGCUUGAGCGUGAGGGACUGACCCGGAAACAAGCCGAGGGCAUCAUGACCGCCAUGGCUGGGGUCAUAGAAGAGAGUAUCCGGAAUAUGACCAAUAGCAUGGUGACCAAAGCAGACCAGGAGAAGCAUCAUUAUACCCAACAAGUCGACUUCGCGCAGCUGAAGUCCGAGCUGCAGCUGAUGGAGAAGAACGAGCUCGCGAUGGUCAAGGCAGAGAACGACCGCCUAAUGACUGACAUCGAGAAGCUUAAGCAGCGCUUGCGCGAGGAAAUCACGCGCACGCAAGCUGGUGUGCGCCUUGACCUGAACCUCGAGAAGGGACGCAUGCGCGAGGAGAGCAGUAAGCAAGAGCUGAAGAUCAAGGAGGUCGACACGCGAAUAGAGCACGAGAUUUCGACUCUCCGGACGUCUAUUCAGGCUUCGAAGACGACGACGCUGCAAUACCUUGUUGGUUUCGUUACUGGAUGCUCAGCAUUGCUCAUGGCAUACCUCCGUUUCCGAGUGUGA